CUCAUCUGGAUUUCUCGCCUGGUACAUAUUGUACAAUGUGCCUCGAUCAUGGCCACAGAGGGUCUCGUCAGGACCUCAAUUCAUGUUGAUCCUCGGGUUUUCCCAAUCGAUAAUCUUCCACAAGAAGUCAUCGACCAGAUCGGAUAUCACCUUUCCAGUUCAGACCUUCUGACCCUCCUUCAAUGGAGUUCGACAUGUCGUUUCUACAGGGCUCUUUUUGCACCUCUUGUCUUUAACUCGGUCACCAUCGGCAUCCACAUCAACUCUUCCCCAUGCGUCCAGACACUCAGAUCGAACCGACAUGUCAAGUCACUGACAUUGUCUUGUGCGACGGGAAGGUCGGUCCUCCGCCGCUCACGCAUGUGCCGCGACCUCAGCGCCCACAGAUACAUGUACAAAAGGCACUUCACAUGGAUCAAUUGCUCGUUCAUCGAAACUAUUCUACGCCAGCUCCCGCCCAGCCUGGAAUCUUUGACUCUCUACUUCCCCGACGAGUGGCUGACCCUCAAUCAGGUUUACUGGCCCUGCUUUUCCUUUGAACCGGAGCAGUCGCCCCUGACAGACUACGAACGCGUCCACUUGCAUCGCAGGCUGCUGUGGACCAUCUUCGACUCUGUUGCCAAAAACCACGACAUGGCCGAAAAGCCCAAUGGCUUUGCGUUGACGAUUCACAACGUGGCUCCUCACCCUUCUGGCGUCUACCACCAGCCAUGCCUCGGCGAAUUCCUGAGGAAAAUCACAUCAUUCACAAUGUCCCUGUGCAAGUUCCAAUCGAUCGCCGGAGACCGCGUCAGGCUCCCCAAGACUGGUUGGUUUCGAUACAUGAUUACCGGAUGGUUCUACGAUAGCCUCCACUCUAUCACUGAGUUCAAAUUAGUGGCAAAUGCAGCAUGGCAGGUCGCGCUAAAGUUUAAUGACGUGCCAUCGUAUUCGACGCUGUGCCCACUUCCUUCACAUUUCCCCCAACUCCGCCAUUUGAGCCUCGAAAACAUGUUCAUUGACAGCAGGCUCGUCGACUACCUGACGUAUCCCUUCCACGCGACCAUUCUCGAAUCCGUUACACUGCACAACUGUUUUUGUCACACCACCACCAACGACAAUGUCGAGUCAUCGGACGCCGCCGCCGAGACGCUCGACUUCCCCGAUGCUCCCACCUGGUCCGAUUUCUUCGGGAUGCUCGUCAAUGCGGCGACGUGCAAACUCACCUCGGUUUCAGUCACGUACGACAUCUCACUCGUAUCCGAGCGGAUGCCGUGCUAUUUCGACAAGCGUCACCGACACAGUCCGGAGCUGUGCGCGUUCCGCAAGGAUUCCCUCAACAUGUCGUGGGUCUGCGAUAGUCUCAUCGAGGCCGCCGCCCUCGACAACCUGUGUGACGAGUACACCAGGUUCUCGACCACCGCGUGCCGCAAACACCUCCACCGCUCGAGGGUCUUCUUGUACAGCUCGAUCGAUCCCGUCAAGCGCGCAUUCACGCCGGGAGUCUGGGACACGACACUCAGGUACGCCGACGGAAGCGAUCUAGAGUCUUGGAAGAGGUUGGUCGAUAAGAUGACCCGCAACGGUGGUAGAAAUUUACCAAGAUGUUGAAACGAAACCCUGGUCGGGGACCAUCCCAACGAUAAACGACUGUGACGGUAUGAUAAUGAUCACUAUGAUUACUACGAAUCUGGGCUUUAUAUAUCUCUCUGUGCUCGGAUCUACACUGCCGCUGUAUUUGAUACGCCAUUUGAUGAUAGCUUAACGCCACCUGGGUAGUUUUUCGCAAUUCAGGCGUUUAGAGUAACUGAUGAUAUGCCCCUAUUGAAGUCAGAUCUGGCCCAAGCUCUUGACUUAACACACUGCAUUUCGAAUACUGUACAACAUGAUUCUGCACAUAGUGCAACCGGGAAUCCCAGAGACAUAUCAGAUGUGAGACGCAUGAAGGUGUUGUUAUGUUG